ACUGAAUACGGGGCUGUGAAUGUGGAUAUAGAGGUCUUGGGUGCAAUUAACUUCCAGGGUGCAGCAGGGAACUGACGGAUUUCAAGAAAUCUCACAGAUCUUGCGUAACAUCGGGUGCUGCAAUGGCUGGUGCACCUGGUACAAAGAACAUGAUCAAAGAUAAACACUUUGUGGACCAUCACCGGACGUCCCUGAUCGACAGAGUGAGCCAGGUGGAACCCCUACUGGAUAGACUCCUGGAGAGGGGAAUCAUCACCCAAAACGCCUACAGUGAAGUGAGGGCUAACAGAACCAGUCAGAAAAAGAUGAGGGAGCUCUUCGACGGCCCUCUGAAAGCAUGUGGGCCCAAAGGCAAAGAUAUAUUCUUGGAUAUCCUGAUGGAUUUGGAGCCAUUCCUGAUCAGUGACCUGAAGGGGGAAUAAUGUGGAUAGGGGCCAUUUUUCUUUUUUUUAAGGCAAGCGACAAAAAUAUGAUGAUAAUAAUGCACUCUGUUUGACAUUAUAUUCUUAAAUUGGAAAAAUGAAUUGUCUCCAACAUUUGCAAUAAAUGAAACAUUUUAUAUUGA